AUGUGUUACCAUGACAACUACUAUGGAGGCCUGAGCUACAGCAAUUGUGGCCUGGGCUGUGGCUAUGGUGGCUAUGGUGGUUAUGGUGGCAAUGGUUACUGGUGCUGUCACCCACAGUGCUGUGGAAGGUACUGGUCUUAUGGUUUCUACUGA